GCUCAGCUUCCUGGCAGGCACCACCACCCCAGCCUCUGGAGUCAGGCAGAGAUUGUCUUGAAAGCGGGCUCUGGAGUUCUGGGUCUGAGCGCUCUUGGCAAAGUCGGGUACCCUCUAUCAUCAGCUGUGACACCUGUCGAUAAUGGGCAUCAGAGAGAGGGGAGAUGCCCUGCGAGGAUGCUGUGGGAUGCGCCAGCCUCCUGGUCCCUAAGGGAUGGAUGGUGAGGUGGAUGGGAAGGGGGUGGUGAUGGCCGAGCUCCGGUGACGCGGCACUCACGUGAGUGACCAGGCGCCUACGUGGGCACCAGCCCCCGUGCCCGCCCGCCCGGCCUGCGGUCCAGUCCCAGCGCCAGCCCAGAACCAAUUGUCUGAGCUGCCCGGGCGGCGGAGGAGCAGCAAGCCGGCUUCAGCGAGCUGGAGGAGGCACAGGCCUGUCCGGGGUCCCGGCAGGUCAGUGCGAAGGUGGGCGCUGCCGGCGGACCCAGAGAAAUGGUGGAGUGCUGGAAAUGCGGGUUAGAGGGAGCGACCCUGCAGUGCGACAGUGAAACGCAGAUAUUCUGGAAAUAAACCCCUCUCAUAAUCUGCACCGGUGGACACAUCUGACCUCCGCAAAAGCAGUGUGGCGCUGGGACAGGUUGCCUCUGGGAGAAGGGGACACAGAGACAAGCGCAGUUUGGAAAGCUUGAGGGUCUGAGCGUCUGUUGUUCCCAGCGCUCUGUGAGGCCUGAAAAGGAGGAACAACCUGUCCAGAAUCCCCACAGGACAGGAAAAGGAGAAAUCUCAGCAUGGAAAAACCCUACAAUAAGAAUGAAGGAAACCUGGAAAACGAGGGAAAGCCUGAAGAUGAAGUAGAGCCUGAUGAUGAAGAAAAGCCAGACGUGGAGGGGAAGACAGAAUGCGAGGGAAAGCGAGAGGAUAAGGGAGAGCCAGGUGAUGAGGGACAACUGGAAGAUGAGGGAAGCCAGGAAAAGCAGGGCCAGUCCGAAGGUGAGGGCAAGCCACAAGGCGAGGACAAGCCAGCCUCCCAGGCAAAGCCGGAGAGCCAGCCGCGGGCCGCCGAAAAGCGCCCAGCUGAAGACUAUGUGCCCCGGAAAGCAAAAAGAAAAACGGACAGGGGGACGGACGAUUCCCCCAAGGACUCUCAGGAGGACAUACAGGGAAGGCGUCUGAGCAGUGAGGAGAUGAUGAGAGAAUGUGGAGAUGUGUCAAGGGCUCAGGCGGAGCUGAGGAAGAAACAGAAAAUGGGUGGUUUUCAUUGGAUGCAAAGAGAUGUACAGGAUUCAUUCGCCCCAAGGGGCCAACGGGGUGUCAGGGGGAUGAGGGGUGGAGGUAGGGGCCAGAGAGGCUUACACGAUAUCUCAUACCUUUAAUGCCUUUGGCCUUCCAUUCUGACUUCUCUUAUGAGAAUACUGCCAGCCCUGCUUUUCCUGGUAGGUAUUUGCCAGGCCCAGUGCUUUAACCUUAAGCUGAUAUUUUUGCUUUAAAUGUCAAUCUCUUUACCAGCAGCCUUUAACCCAACUACAAAGCUCUAUAUUUUAGUAGAGGAUUUUCACCCAUGUGCAUGGAAAAAAUGUUCAUGACACAUUGUAAAAUAAUAAAUAAAGAGCAGUUUGCAGAACCGCAUAUACAAUAUCAGCCCAUUUUUAUAAAAACGUUAGUGUUCAUAUAAUGCGUUUGCGCACAAAGAAAACUCUGAAAGCAUGCACACUAGAAAGUAGGCAAUGAUUAUUCCUGAAAGGUAGCCAAUAAUAGGUCUAACCUGUAUUCAAAAAUGAUUCCUACCACCUCCUUUAUGUGUACCUCUAUGGCAUUCCUCUGCUGCUGUGCAUAUCCCUGUCUUCCCUAGGUGUGUCCAGGUCAGUGGGCACUGUUGCUCAUGUUCCUGGGUCCUCUAUAAUGCUACGUAACCCCCAUGUGUGACUCUUUUUCUUUGCUUUGCUCACUCAUCUCUACUUUUUCUUUACUAAGGGAUAUGGAUUAUAUUUUUCAUACUAAAAAUAAAAGCUGAAAACAAUACAUAAUAAGAAAUUGAACUGUUCAGUGAGCUUAUGAAGGCAAUAAAGACACUUAAAGUUUGUGUUAUCAUAACAUAAGAUGACAGGUAAAAUUCAUAUUGUCUCUGGCACUAAAAGCUAGUGGAAUAAACCUGGAAAUCCUAACAGA